CCUUCAUCCUCAUCACUUCAGUCGAACUUCUUCCAUCGAACCCUGACUCGGUCUCAGAGUCAACGACAGUAGUCUAGUCAAACUAGGACAUUAGCUUUUCGUUGAUCUUGAAAUCCCUUUCUAUUUCGUGAACUCGUUACAAAUCUCCCUUCAUCUCAUCCUCCACUCGAAAUCACCGUUCAGUGGCCCAGCGUCCUUAAAUUUACAACCAACAGUCCUCUCAUCAUGCACAACCGUUCGAUUCACUUGCUAUCCUUAAACCUAGGCUUUUUGCUAUUCCUGCUCCCGACAGAGACCGAGGCUCGACAAUGUUAUUAUUACACCGACGCUUUGGGCAGGCAGAGGCGGCGAUGUACGGGGGUCUUGGGUGGCGGGAUCGCUGGUAUCGUCAUUGGCAGUUUAGUGCUUACCGCCUUGGUAUUCUUGCUCUUUCGAUUCAUCAACAACCGACGCAACGCGAGAAGCGCACUUCCUGUAGUCAACCAAGGUUAUCAUGGUGCAGCACCACCACCACAGAUGGGACAACCCCAUUUUGCACCUCCUAACUUUCCACCUCAAGCUCAGUAUCCUUCUUACGGUGGUGGACCACCUCCAGGAAAUGAAUAUGGUGGUCAAUAUCAACCACCACCUGGUCCACCACCAGGAAACGAGAAUGGAAAUCAAUAUCAACCACCACCUGGUCCACCACCUGGAGAAAAAUAUGAGCACAAUCCUUCUGGUAUUCAAAUGCCUGCAGCAGCUGCUACACAUCAUUAAGAAUUCAAGUUAUUGGGAGCAGAAUCAAAUUGAACGAUUCAUUGGGCAAAUAAUUUAAUCAAUUGAGCCAGCUCUACUACAACCUUUCCAGUCUAUUUUUUGCAUCUUAUCCAGUUCCAUCUCAUCAAGUUAUGUCUCUUUGAUUGUAGUAUGUGAUUAUUUUAUGGCUUGUGAUCAUUUUCAUUACUCCUUUGUACCCGGCUAAUGUUCCAGAUUACUCAGCUAGUCAUAUUUUUUCACAGAAGAUUCAAUCCAAAGUUAGUUACAUUGUUCUGUGUCAAUAUGGUUGUUUUGUUUCACAAUCAUGUUGUUUUCUGCUAUGGCUGAAAAAUAUUUGAGUCUCAAAUCAUUGUAACAGUUUUUGUUUCAGGCAGUCUGUCUUCAUAUGCAUCAAAAUAAGGCUUCAGAAAAGCAACCUUAACAUUGGCUUUCAGGUUAUAUGCAAUUUGAUGAUGGUACUGCCUCAUU